AUGUCCGUGAACUUAUUGGAGGCACAUGUAUCUAGUUCAUCCUCGGAAUCAGAAGAUAACCUGGUUUUGUCAACCACGUCAAAGAUAUUUCCCCGAUUUGAUUUUUCCACUAGCACUACUCCUAACCCUACAUAUGCUUCCAAAAAGCGAAAAAUAGGUUCCGGGCUGGUACUAACUCAACAAGAUUCUGAUUCCGACGAUGCAUUUUCCGUUGUUAUCCCUUCAAUAUUUGACUCAAUAGGUGCCAGGAAUGAUCGAUUGUAUACAAAAGACGCGGUUAUUAAACAAGGAAUUAAAUCAGAUGCCGACAAAGUAAGGAAAGAAUACGAGAAAUUGCAAAAGUGCAAAGCAGACAUAUUGCGAGAGUUGAAUGAUAACGGAGAAGGAGUGAAGUACGAUAAGGAUGAAAAAUAUAUUGACAGUUUGGUCAAGCAGAUGUAUAGUAGAAACGAUGGGUUUGGCAUAGCACGACAUUUUUACUUCUUAAAGCGAUAUGAAACUGGUCACAUCGAAUAUCCUAUAACUCAAUCACUUCUUGACCUAAUUGCUAGAAACCCCGAGCGUGCUAUGAGGAAGGUGAUUUGGCCUAAUUUGCCCAAGUUCAUCCUGUCAGUAUUAGCAUCCGAGCAUAAUCCAAGCCAUUUAAAGCAGAUCAAUAAAAUGAUUGAAACAGCCACAAACCUCCAUUAUGAACUUGAAGAAGACCCAUUUGAAAACAAUGAGUUUCUGAAACUUGUAUUUAAUUAUAAUAAUCCCAAGGGGGACACAUGCAGCACCGUUGACAUGAAACUUAAAAUCAACCAUUUCAACAACCAUAUACCACAGACAUUGCUAAAGUUAGCCAUAAUAUUCAACCUAAAGCUUAUGAAUGUGAGGUCAAGCUGUAGCUAUCUUACCGUGGGAUCGCGUAAUCAAAUUGUUGACGAUUUCAUUAUGAUAAUCAGCGAUUAUAACGCCAAUCGAGAAUAUGUCUAU